AUGAGCCGGGAAAGCGGGGGCGGAAAAUCUCCCUCCGAGCAGGCAGGGCUGGCGCUCUGCUCGGCGGGGCUGUCACGGCGGGCUCGGCCCACGGGCACCCGCGGGUCUGCCGUGGCCCGGGGGAGGAGCGGGACACACCGGCAGGGGCCGGGCCCUCCCGAGAGGCUGCCACACGGGGUCCGCACCGCUGCGGGGUCCGGGACACCGCUACACCGCGGGGACGCGCAGCCACGCCUCACCCACCGCCUCCCGCAGCGGCGCCCGGGGAGCCGCCACCCUCACACGCGCCCACCCGUGACACCCGCCCCGCCGUCCCCGGGCCCGGGCCGACCCCACCUGCCGCUGCCGCCGCCGCCGCCGCCGCCGCCGCCCCGCUCUCCGCCUCCGUCCAAGAUGGCGCCACCCCCCGGCGGCCGCUGCGGGGCGCUCUGGCCCGCCCCCGCCGCGCUCCGCGGCCGCGCCCCGCCCCCGCGGCCCGCCGCCGGGCAGCCGCCAUGUUUGCUGCGGGCGGGCCCCGCCGCUGGAGGGGCGCGGGGCGGCGGCCGCGUCCGGUGCGGGCAGGGCUGCGCGGUGCCAGCGGCCGGGGUGCUGCCUGCGGGCCGGUGGGACCCCCGGGGUGGAGCUCAGACUGACGCAGCCAGGCACUGUGCUGUCCGGGCCCCGCGGCACGGGGACAAGCUUUAUUGCCCUUUCCCGAGGCCCCGCUUGGGCACGUUCCCCGUUUCUCCACCACCUCUGUGA